UGAUAAGAUGCAAUCAAAUCGAUCUGAAUUUUUGGGUUUGUUUUGUGUUAGUUUUGUAAGUCCUGGAAACGAUACAUAUCAAUGUGGCAUAUUAAUGCUUAUCGACAUUCCUAAAUACUAAUUUGAUAUACAUAUAUAAAUAUUUAAUCAACAUAUUAUAGAGUAUAUAUACAAGCGUAUAUAUUAUAUUUAUCGAGAACUACACACUGUAUAAAGGUGUUAUAUGGUCGAAAAAAGACUUCCGCAACGUAAACAUAUCAUUGAAAGUUACUGCUGCAAAAACUAAAAAAAAACAUAUCUUAAUUGUUAGGCCCGUUUCACGGUCUUAUACCGACCACAUAUAGUAUUGUAUUGUUGUUGUUAGCGUUAUCAACGUUAAAGCUAGAGAUUUAUCUGAGAAUUUGAAUAUGGAACGUAGUGCUUCGUUGACUUAUUGCUAAGACAUCAUUUACGACGAUGUCUUUGUCUGAUUGUAAAAAAGCUGCUUAGUGAAAUUACGAUGAUGAAUACAAUUAGAGAUAUAUAUUUAUCGAAUCAUAUUCUAUAUAUAUGUAUAUAAAAUAAAGUUUAUUGUUUCAAUGUGUUUGAAUCGGCAAAAACAUUUUUUCCAACUCAUUUUCUUUUUCAGUCAUUUUGAAAUUUCGAAAUGUGCAAAUUUAUGAGAACUUUCAGCAGACAGUUCUCAACGCUAGAUGGCGCCACGGUGUGCCAGCUCAUCAGUCGGUUGAGUCAAGAGAGUAGCAAGAUAAUGCUGAAGGCGUUAAAUAAGCGAAUGGAAUACACAACCAAGAAACAUUCACGGGAUAUAUUAACAAAAGCUGACAAAGCGGUGGAGCGUUUGCUAGUCUCUGGCAUUCGAAAAGAAUUCCCCGAACAUCAAAUCAUUGCAGAGGAAGGCACUGAGGGAGUUUCUAAGAGCAAGCACUUAACAGCUGCCCCUACUUGGAUCAUUGAUCCUAUCGAUGGCACCAUGAAUUUCCUACACGGCUUUCCUUAUUUUUGCACCUCGAUUGCAUUUUAUGCGGAGAAGCAGGCGCAGUUCGGUUGGAUUCAUAAUCCGCUGCUCAGGCAGACUUAUGUAGCUCAAAGGGGAAAAGGAUUUUUUUUUUUCAAUGAUCAGCGCAUGCAGGCGAGCAAACAGCGGGAUCUAAAGAAGUCGCUCAUCUUUGUAGAAUGGUCGUUGAAGCGGAAUGAAGAUCACGUCAAUGUGGCCAUGGAUAACAUGCUGAAACUGCUGCCCAUUGUGCAUGGCAUUCGCUCGUUGGGAUCGACAGCAUUGAAUAUUGCUCAAGUGGCGACUGGAGCUUGUGAUGCUUACAUACAAUUUGGUCCACAGAUUUGGGACACGGCAGCUGGAGUGUUGAUGGUGCGUGAGGCAGGAGGCGUUGUCCUUGAUCCUUGUGGCGGAGAAUACGAUCUGCAAUCGCAGCGACUGUUGGCAACAUCAACUGCUGAAUUGGCCGAGCAAUUGAUACCAAUGUUGACUCAAGUGUUUCCUGAUUAAAUAAAUCGCAAAGCUUUCAUUGAUAUAGUACUCAAACGUUAUUA